AUGGAUUCUCUAAAGACAACAAAGAUUUAUGAUAAUGUUCGUCGAAGACAAACUACAAUGUCCACGGCUCGGAAUGUAUCUCAACAUAGAUAUAAUUCGCAGACAAGGAGUGACGUUGAAGAAUCUGAAAUUAACUCGUUUCUUUCGGACGAAUCAAGUAUUGCUAAUAGUCCAAGAGAGUCCUCGUGCAUUGAAAGAGAAAUGGACGAAACGAGCGUAGAAGGAAGGAACGGAAGUAGAAGUUGUAAUAGAACUUGUUCAAAGAAAAGUACAAGUUCAAUUUCUACUACUGAAGCAUGGUUUAAGGAAUUUAAUCAAAAUACUAGAGAAUUGAAUAAAAAUAAUUUUGAUGAUGAUAGCGAAACCCCUUAUUACGUAAAUUCUUACAAAUAUCAUCCUAAACCCGUGUCAAAUCAACAGUCGUCUAUAACAUCAAGAUAUCAUCAACGAACCGGGCACUACGCCCAUGGACAUCGUAUAACAUCAAGUCGUAACUUUUCAAAGUCGCCACAUCAUGUUAACUUCCAUAAAAAACGCGACAGAUCUUCAGGCAGUGAUUCUUAUCGUUCAGUUAUUGACGAUUUAACUUUAAAAAAUCAAAAAUUGAAACAAAAACUUCGAAAAAUGAAUAGCAGUCAUGCAAAAACCUUACAUAAAGAAAAAUUAUUUGAAGUUCGAUACUAUCAAAUGCCCAGAGAAAAGCGACAAGAAUUGGAAGAAUAUCUCAGAGAAUUCGCCGCUCAGUUACCAACCCCCACGUCAAGUUCUGCAAAUUUGACUCAAAGCCCAAUAAUCGAUAAUCAUUCCAUAACAAAUCAAAAAGCUCCCGUUAAAGCAAGUGAUAAAUUAAAGAUGAAACAAGUCGUUAAAGCUAUUGAGAAUGUAUUUACCGUCCAACCAUCAUCAGAAGAUCAUUAUCUAAAAGAUCAAGAAGAUUCAGAUCCCAAAGGAUACGUUUAUUUAAAUCUUUUGACGAAUAUGGCACAAUUACAUACAAUGAACGUUACUUUGCCAUUCAUAAAACAGGCCAUUCGAAAAUUUUCAAACUGUUUAGAAUUAAAUGAGGACGGUACAAAAGUUCGAUGGCGUACAGGGCUGAAUCACGUUAAACCUGAUACAAUAGAAAACAAAGAUGUUGAUAUAAUGGAAAGCGGGGGAAGUAGCGUAACAUCAAGAAGUCGUGUAAGCGAAAGCAAUAGUAUUGGUGAUAAACAAAGUGAUUCUUCACCCUCAAAUCCUUCUGCUAAACCAUUCCAAAAAUUUUCUGACCCUACAAGUAUUACACCAUCCUCUUUUACUCCAUCUAACGGUUCAAAACCCAACCACCAACAAACCGAAUCAACAUCUGUAACCUCUUCAAUAACCCAUUAUCGUCCUGUAUUUCUACAUCGUAAUAAUAGUUCGUCCCCUUCUUCAGAUGAAUCUAGUAGCGUAAUCGAUCAACAUGAUGGUCCAGUUAUUUACUAUGAAGGCGGUUUAUUCUGUACCGACUUUAGUAGGAGCGCAAUGAUAGACGAUGGUGAUGAUAAACAAACAUCAUCACGUCCAAGUCAAUUAUCGGGGCUCGAUCGUUCAAUUGAAGACGAUGAUAAUAUCGAGGUCAUUCAAGAAAGAUUGAAUGUACCGGUUUAUGAAAGAGCAACGAAUUUGAUUUUGGGUGGAAAUAGUAUAGAAUUAAGUGAAACAAGCGAAGAUGAUAUCAGCAGCGAUCAAGAGGCAGAUGACGAAAGUCCGAUAAAAUCAUGCAAUCGCAAUAUGAAUGAACACCCCGUUGAUGACUUAAACUCUUUAGAUGCUAACAAUGAAUUAAACAAUUAUUUAAUGAAAAAGGACAUUGCUCUUGAUUCUCGUCAAGUACAGUCGUCACCGAAAAAAAAUUAUGGUGUGAUCAACGAUGAUGACCCUAAAUAUUCUUCAUCACAAACUCUAUCACCAAGUAACAUUUCAAAACAAGAUUUACCAAAUUAUAAGAAAUUACACACUGCUAAAGUUCCUGGUGUUAUUACAGAAGAUAAUUUCAUGGUAUUAGUACAAACUUCCCACCCUACGAGAGAAACACGUCACGGGCAUAAUCGUCAUAAAUCAAACACAACUUCAUCUAAAAAGAUCUCUCACACCAAAGAAUCUUCAAUUGAUGAUGAUACUUCAAUGAUCACGUCAGGCAGCGAUGGUAGUACAGAUAUUGAAUGGAAUAACGGGAAUUCAAAAGCACAUCAAGUACUCUCAACAAGAUUAUUUCAAUUACCUCCUUCUAUGAGUCCACAACCAAGAAUUUCACUACCGUCAGGAUUUAAAAGAACGUCAAAUUCACAAAAAACUUCUUCGGAUAGUGGUGGCGGAUCAUCCGAUCAUGGAUCAUCAUCAUCUUGUUCAAAUACUUUCUCAGAAUCUUCCUCAUCAGCCUUUUCACGUGAUAAUUCAUAUUUAUUCAACAACAAUACUUUACUUCAAUUAUUACAAUCAAGCGAUUCAAAAACUUCUCAAAAUGAUGAAGUACAAGAUAUGGAACUUGAUUCACUUUCAUCCAAUUCAUCUGACCCUUCACCUUUUAUAAAUAUUGAUGAUGAAUAUGAUGAUGAAAUCGAAAAAGUUGAUGACAGUCAUCAUCAUCGUGAAAACCUUAUUGAAGAAAGUAAUCUAGGUAAAGACUUGAGAUUACAAGAUGCCGUUAUUGAAGAACGUAGAAAGGUUGUCAAUCAUCCACAAGAACAGAAUGUUAGGGUCAAUGUUAUAUGA